ACAAGAAUCGAGCGCAAAGAAAUCAAUUGGUUAAUGCUGGCUCGUGUACAACAUAUUGCGUGUUGGAUUGUAUAUAAGGUGGUAGCGCUCAAAUCGAUUUUGCUUCUUACAGUUAUAUUAGUUUGUGAUCAGUAGAACUGUUGAGUUAGGUAUGAGUUUCCAGAAAAUUGGGGCAUUUGAAGUUUUCGGCUGGUCGAUUGCUGGAAACGAGACCUGUGUUGCUGUACGUAAGAAUGGUCAAGUAUUCGGUUUUGAUAUUGGAUUUUCACCUAGACCACUUGUUUUUGCUGAUUAUAUAUUUAUUAGUCAUGGACAUGCAGAUCAUAUUGGAGCUAUUGCACAACAUAUGAAGAAGAGGGCCUUAAAUGGACUAGGAAGGGCGACGUAUUUCAUGCCAAAACACCUAGUACCACAUGUGAAGACUAUAUGUGAUGCUUUCACUGCCAUGUCUGAAAAAGCAGAUUCAGACUUUGUUGGCAAUUUUAUUCCUGUCGAACCGGGAAAUAAAUAUGAGCUUUCGAAUAAUUGGUGUGCUGCUGCUUUUUCAACCGAUCACUCGAUUAUUAGUAUGGGUUAUUUACUUUAUUCCCGAGACUCAAAUGGCAAAGAAGUUCCAGAGAUAGCUUAUUUAGGUGAUUCUAGAUUUACUGUUAUUCGUGAAGCAAAUUCACUCUGCCCAGAUCUUUUAUCCAGUCGUUUAUUGAUAAUGGAGGCAACCUUUUUAGAUAAUCCUGAUUUUAAGAUGGAAAGAGCUAGAAGUUAUGGUCAUACGCAUUUAGAUGAAAUUCGUCAGAAUGCUUCUUUGCUAAAGUCAGUUGAUUAUAUCUAUCUGAUACACUUCUCCGAUCGAUACAGUCGUAAUGAUAUCAUUCGACUUUGUCAUAAAGAUAUGCCUAAUUGGCUAGUCAAUCGUAUUAUACCAUCUAUAACUGCUAAACAUUGUCUUGAAGGCAGAUAAUAUAUAUAUAUAUAUAUAUAUAUAUAUAUAUAUAUAUAUAUAUGCAAUAAGGAUUUGUUUUAAUUUGUAAAACUUUGUAAAGUUUGUAGAGAGAAUACAGAGAGCAGUUUUCAUUGAAUUAAUCUCCUUUUAAUAUUCUGAUUAUUUAACUUGAAUCUAUAGAUCAAUUCAUCACUGUAAAUGAAUGAAGAAAAAAAUUCCUCGUUCACAUAAAUCUUUGUAAAUAUAACUUUUUAUUUAUAAGAAUUUUAACUACUUGAUAAAACUACACAGAAUUAAUUGAUUAUUUAAAAUGUGUAUCAUUCAGGAGAACAGCCAAAGUUUUUUUGACAUGUAAUAAUUCAUUGCUUGCUCAUGCUCGAUAGAUUAUAUCAUAUCGGUUAGUUGUAUAAUUAUUAUUUUUUUCUACUUUCAUAUUUCUAUUCUUUAGAGACUAUCGAACUUGAUCAAUAAAUUUUGUCCAGUUUUAAUUAAUGCAGCUAUUAUAUUUUAAAUGUUUUAUUAUACUAGUGCUUAUUUAAAUUAAUAACAUGUAAUAAUAAAAUAUCCUGUCU